AUGUAUAGUUUCAGUCAAAAAUGCCCCUUGGGUUUUGUCAUCAAGAACUUUAACCAAAUUUCAUGCUAUAUCUGCAAUAUAUGGUACAAAUUUUGUUGUGUCAACACAAAAAGACUGUAUCAUGUUCACAUGAGCUACUGCAGACAGCUAAAAAAAAACUUAAAUGUGUCCGAUAUUAACACAACUCUCCUCAACUCAAUUCAAAAGAUUGAGGUUGAUCUUGCUGAAAUCAAGCAAGCAUUGUGCGAGCUUCAAAGGCAAUUCAGCAAUCAAUUUGCGCCAGCAGUCAGUGCGGAAGAUCUAACUACAAUGCAACAAAGCAUUAUUGAGCAGAGUUCUCUUGAGUGCAUUGCCGAGUCUGUGAAAAGAGCUCAGCUCACAGAGUACCCUGAUCAGCUCGGUAAGCAAGUAAUCAAUACUGGCGGCAAGUUCAAAGGAAAAAACAAAGCACAAAAAUACAAUCUGUUGCUUCAGAUUCUUCACGAGCAGGACUGGAAGGUGCGCUGCAAAGAAGUUCCACAAGGGCAGCCUUUACUUCCAUUAGUCCCUCUUUCAGACUAUGAUUUGACAGUAAAAAGACUGCAUCUCAAAACAUUAGGCCGUACGACACAGCGAGACAUAAGUGAUUCUUCGCUUUCUUCUCCUGAUAUGUCAGAAACUGGUGAUGUUGAGUCGCCCAUAAUGGCAGAUUUGCUGUCUCCUCUACCUACAGCAAGUGUUGAGCCUGCUCGCAAGAGAAGCCAAAGAUCAUAG